GCUCCCUUUCAAAAGGGCGGCGGCGCACCUGAGCAGGAUGCGGCCGCGGCCUGUGCCCGGCGACGACGGCCAGGAGCUGGAAUGUGACAUCCGAGAGAAGAUUAACUUUGAAAUGCGCAUGCGAGAAGGCAUCUGCAAACUACUUGCAGUGAGCACCCAGAAAGAUCAGCUCUUGCAAGCAGUUAAAAACUUAAUGGUUUGCAAUGCUCGCAUACUUGCAUACAGGACAAAGCUUCAGAGCCAUAAAGAAGAAUCAGUUUCGUGCAGAACUGCAGAACGGUCUUUGGAAAAUGAGACAAAAGACUGGGUGGCAUGCAGAGGAAAGGUUGCUAUAUCAAAUAUUCGAAUACCAUUAAUGUGGAAAGGCUCUGAACACUUCAGCAAUAAAGAAAGAUCACAGCGCUAUGCAGUGUUCUGUUUGUUCAGAAUGGGAGCUGAGGUUUUUGAUACAGAGGUGGCUAUUGUGGAUAAAGCAAUAACAGAUAUCUGCUUUGAAAAUGUGACCAUAUUUGAUGAAGCAAGACCAGAUUUCCAGGUGAAGGUUGAAGUAUAUAGUUGCUGUACAGAGGAGUCUUUACAUGCAGCAAACACUCCUAAGAAACUAGCAAAGAAGCUUAAAACAUCCCUCAGCAAAGCUACAGGGAAGAAACUUAAUGCUGUGCUGGAAGAAGACAACGCUGAAGCCCUUUUGCCUGCUGACCCAGUCAUUCAUGGAGCAAAGUACAGUUUGCUAGCAUAUACCACGUUGGGACUCGAGAGUGCUGAGGGCAAUUUCAGAACCCACAACCUUACCAUUACAGGAAAUGAGGAAUCCUCUUUUUGGCUGCCCCUGUAUGGAAACCUGUGUUGCUGUUUAGUUGCUCAGCCUUCCUGCAUGACUAUGGAUAUGAUGGCAGGAUUUCUUAAUCAGCGGCAAUUGCUAGAAGGUCUAACUAGCUGGAGGAAGCUGUAUUGCAUACUAAGAGGUGGCAAACUCUUUUGUUAUUAUUCUCCAGAAGAAAUUGAGGCCAAGCUGGAGCCAGCAUUGACAGUUCCCAUCAACAAGGAAACCAGAAUUCGAGCUGUGGAUAAGGACUCCAAGAGAGGAAUGAAUAACUUCUCUGUUGUCAACCCUGUGUCUGGAGAAGCUGUGACACAAAUUUUUGCUACUGACAGUAGGGAUGAACUUCGUAAGUGGAUGGAGGCUUUCUGGCAGCACUUUUAUGAUCUGAGCCAGUGGAAACAUUGUUGUGAAGAACUUAUGAAAAUCGAGAUUAUGUCACCACGGAAACCACCUUUGUUCUUGACAAAAGAAGCGACCUCCGUCUACCAUGAUAUGAGCAUUGAUUCUCUAGUGAAACAUGAGGGCUUAGUUGAUAUCAUACAAAGAAAAAUCGAAGAGAGUGAUGGUGAGUACCUGCUUGGCCAGAAAAAAGAGCCCACUUCUUCCUUAUGGGCUUCGCUCUUUGAUGGAUCUCACGAGAUAACUGUUCAGAAAAAUAUGCAUCUGAGCCCAAAAGGAGAUGCCACAAGUCCUAGUGACGUCAGAGGAAAGAAAAGAAGAGCUCCACAUCCACCUUCUGAUAAAUUACCAUACAGUGCAAAAGCAGAGCAGUCAGGCAAGGAGAACUGUGAGAAGUCUGAACACGCACCUGCUGCUAGUUCUUGCUUUGACUCUGAGUUACCUACCAAAAUGCAGCCUUUGAAGACACCCGUGGCUGCUCCUCGCAAAACUGGUCCUUGUAGAGAAAGCAGCUCAGCUGGCCAUGGGAAUCCCAUUUCAGUGGCUAACAAGAGCCAGGCUGAAAACAAACCAGUACCAACUCCUAGACAGAAGUGCAUCACCCAAAUGCUAGACCCUAGGUCAUGGUUGCAGCUAUAGACAUCAUCAUUACCUUAGAGUCUCUGGAAUUUUAAGUUUCUCAGCCUUCUACUUUAGCUCUUGAGUAAAAGUAGAUUUUAGCUUACAGCUUAUAAGUACUGGGGCUAAAGUUUUUGGGGUUUUAGCCAGGACAUUAGUGGUAGCUGUGGUCUCAGCUGUAUUCAUUAUUGCUAACAGCUAAAUAAUUGCACUAGUAACAGGGAGGAGUUCUCCGCCUGCAAUAACAGUGCUGCCUCUGUAAAGAGAGGCUCAGUACUCUCCUUGGAAAAACUGGCAGUGUUCAGGGUAACUCAGUGUCCCUGCAGCAGGGAUAUUAGUUACCAUCACCAUUUACAAGUACAUCCACUUAGCCCAUCUGCAGCUCCUUGGACUAGUUCAAGCAGGAAUUUCACACACAUUCAGCAUAGAUCUUGCAAAGCUGAUUUUCUUGGUCUGCUUGGCUUUACCCAAAAUAUUGUUACCUCUCCCUCACUGUUUGGGAACAGCUCAUAAGAUCAUAUACUAUGAAAAGUUAUUGUGCUUUCCCGAACAGCUCUGUAACUCUUAUGAAUUUCUGAAGCAGAUGUGUCAAUUUAAUUUGAGAUCUCCUAAAUUCUUUCUGAUGCAUGUGCUGUCCAAACGGACCAGGAUCAUCUGUAUGUGAGCAAGAAUGUGAUCCAUUGCUGCUGCUUCCUUUGGAUUAACACAUGAAUGCUUAUCCAGGGUUUCAUUUUUAUGGUUGUUUUUUUCUGUCAAAUAAGGCUCUGUAGCUUCUCGUUUGUGGAAAGACUCAGCUGUUCCUAGUAGGUAGCUGGUCUGUAAACACAGCAGUGUUACUGGUAAGCAAAUAGGCUAUUUUUUCAUUGCUUGUUCUUGCUGAAGUAACAGAGAGCAAGUACAUAAGGUGAAAAUAUUGAACUUUGAUAUUCUUCCAUCAGACAGUUCACCAUUUUCUGUGGCACCUGUGGCAUCCUUUGCAUAUGGAAAAGAUUCUGUUCUGGAUCCACAGCGUAAAUAACCGACACUUUCCUUGGUUGAUGCAUAUGUCUCAGAUGCUGGAACUUAUCCAAGAGCAAAGGUCUGCUUACAGAUCUUCCUCUUGAUAUCAGACAUGUGUUGAGAGUCCUGUCAGCAAGUGAUGCAGAUGCAGAAUACAUACUGUAUGUAUACAGUUCAUUAAUUGUUGUUUUUUCUAAAGUGCAGAUAGCUUUGGGAGCUUAACCAUUUCUCCAGAAGACACUGUGUGCAUAGUUGGUUUGUUUAUGGUUUUUGUCUUCUGCUAAGCUUGUGGCUGCACAACUGCAAAGGUAUCAGCUGAAUUCCCCCAGCAGUUCAUUGGCUGUUUGGAAUGAGGCUUGAGAGGCAGGUUUCAUUUACAAAUCCUUUUGCAGGAUUAGACCCUUCAUUUCUAGAAUGUCCUCAUUCGUUCUUCAUUUAAUCACAUUCCAUUUUCCCUCUGAAACAGCCACAGUCGUUCUUACAAUAAGUAAGUUACUUAAGUGGAUGGUUUGUGAAUGGUGUUGAAAUAGGAACAGAAAAGCUGAAAAAUAACUGUGUGAUUAUUUAAAUCAGUCAACUAAGUGGACUGUACAACCUCGAACAAGAAACAGGAAAAAUAAAAUGAGGAGAAAAAAAGGCAUCUUUUCUAAAACGCAGCUGCAGUUUAUUUAGCUUUAAAUUUAGCCUUAAAAUGUUACCAUGCCUUGGGAAGAAAGAAUCCCUUCUUCUUGGUAAUCUGCUUCCAUUUAGUUGUUAUUUCAAAAUAAAUAUAUAAGGCAAGAAGGCAUCAUAAUGAGGAUUUAUUUUCAAGUUCAGCAGGCCAUUGAAUUUCAGUUUCUCUUUUAAAUUCUGUGGCUUUGUUUUGAACUGAACAUACAUAUUUUAGGAAGGCAUUUAAUAUUAAAUCUUCAAGUGAUGAGAAUUCACUCAUACCUCCCAUUGCAGUAGUUAAUUACCUCAGGUACAUUUUUCACUUGAUUUUCUAUUUGCAUUUCUAGCUCCACCUUAAGUUAUUUUGGUCUUUUUAUGCAUUUGAUUGCUCAUAUUGAUCUCUGUAGUAUCAGCUUUUCUAAUUGCUUGUGUGCAGCUGUAAAUCAUGAUUAUGUCCCUUUUUAACCUUUUCUGUGAUGAGAUGUACUGAAUUCCUUAACUUUCUUGUGGCAGUGAAUGUUAUCCAAGACUAAUUAAUCUUCAUGUUCUUCUCUGUGCUCCUCAAAUAUUGAAAUAUUUCUAAGUGUGACAUCUGAAUUAGAUGCCACAUGUCAAUAGUGAUGUAGGGACAUAACAAGAUUCUCAUACUCCGAUUAGUAUCUCUCUCCCCUCUUUCCUCAAAAAUUGGAUUAUCCCUUUUUUUGUGGAAACAUUGCCUUGGAUACUGACUCUUGUGAUUCAAGUCCUCUUCAGAGUUUUUUUUGCAGGAAUGCAGUACACAUCAUUCUCUUAUUAUCCAACCUUGUUUUCCUUAGAAAUACACAUUGCAUUUUACCAGCAUUAAAACGCUGCUCAUGAAGUGAUCCAGAUUGCUCUGUGUAAGUGACCUGUCCUCACUCUUUACUACUCCAGCAUUCUGCAUGUCCUUUGCAAAUUUACUGCAAGUGAUUUUUACAGUUUCUUCCAGAUCAUUGAUUUUUAAUAUUGAAUGCAAGGCGAGCUUUGUGGAGAGAGGUGCUAAGUUUUUAUUGCAUCAGUGACAUGGGUAGAGGGGGUGGGGAAAAGCAAACAGAGGGGCCAUCGAGUUCAUGUACCUUUUUUUCCCCAAAGCCUUAAAAAAAUACAAUAAGGUGAAAAAUAUCUGAAAUAACUGUACUUCUUUCUGAUGCUCUGUUGAUACUGCAUUUUGUAAUUAAUUUUCUGUCUUCAACAUAAUAUAUUGAUUCAAUCAAAUACUGAUACUGUACAUAAAAUUACGUUAGUCUGGUUUUCAGUAAGUGACCUAGGUUUAUUGCAGGUGUAUUUGCAAGCUGAGCUUGCAAUAUGAGAGAGUAAAAUGCAAUCUCAUUCAAGACUUAUUCUCCAUGAAGCUCUGUUGAUUGACAUUUUAUAUCCUUAAAUUAGAGUCACAUGAGCUAGUUCACUAUUAUUGCCCUGAUCACCACUAAGCAAACCAGGCCAUUAAUUAACCUGAUCAUCCUGCUUCAGAACAACAGUAUUGUUCUUAUGGUCCUCUGAAACGUCAUGGCAGUACUGAGACUUGUCUGACUAAUUGCAUGUUUAUGUUCCAGCUGGAAAGACUUCUGCUACUGAAUGUAGUUUCUCUUAGUUUAACAACCACUAUAUAAUCCCUGUUAUGAAACACCAGCUGACUUCAGGUUUUAGCAUUUAUUGUUACUGACUCAGUAUUUUAUUCCCUUCUGAAUUGCCAUUUAUUGUUGCUAUUAUCUCAUCUUCUGUUAAGCAAGUUGGUUUAGCUGAUAAAAACUGCUGGCUAACAGCAAAUGCUGAUCUUAGAUGUACAGUAUGGUCAGUUGUAGGAAAGACAUUUGUACUCAGCUUAUGUAUGUGUGAGAGAACGUAGCUAUUAGUAGUAAAACCAACCAGCCUAUUUUCAGGCCAUCCUAUCAGCUGCAUUCCAUCAUGAGUGCUUAAUUGCACAACUCAGAAUAUCACUGAUCAAAGCCCAAAAGCCAUUUUAUAAUAGCUAUGAACAAUGCUGGAAUGGGAAAUAAACAAAAAAAUAAAUGCCCCCAAAACCCCAAAGGCACAGGUAACUUUGGCCAGGUUCCUUCUGAGGCAAGGCUUGGAAGACCUGUGGCUUCUUCUAACCCUUGCAUGCCAUUGCCCCAUGUUCACAUCUCUGCAGGCAAGUUGACAUACUGCUGCCUGGGAGAGGGGUCCAUGGAGAAAAGCUAUUUGUCCAUAGACACUGUACCCAGAAUGAAUGGUUCAAAGUAGCCAGCAUGGUGUAAACAUUGGUGACAUCUGCAGAUGGUGACCUGCAGGUGAUUAGGUGUUCUUCUGGGGCUUGCUCUGGAAAUUGUACCUGUUUGUUCGCUGCUGGGAUGGAUUCACUGUGGCUUGAGAAGCAGAAUUAAGUAGUGGGACUGGGAUCUUGAAGUCGGGCAGAGACAAUACACAGCUUGAAGUCUUCUUUUAGGAAGUACAACAUGAAAGCAAUUGGUUGUCCAAACAAAUAGAAAGUUCACAGACUGUGAACAACAUUUGAAAUACUGACUGAACAAAGCCUUACUUUUGUAACUUUUUUUAUUACACCUAAUGUCUUCAGCUGUUCGCUUAGCCUUGGAAUGGGAGACGGUACUGUUUGUGGUUUUAAAGACAUUAGCUUAAACUGUUUACAUUUCUAUUAGUAUUGUGAUCGUUGGGGUUUUUUAACGGUAAUUAGAUUAAUAGUCAUUUUUAUGAUGGUUUGUUCCUAUCUGGAAAUAACUCUUCUAUUACUCAGAGUUGAUUUGUCAUUUAUGUAGAUUGCCAUAAUAGAAAACUGCAGAUUUGGACACUAAUGUAUUGUGAAAUGUUAGAAGAGAAAUCUGGUUUUGCUGCUAACGUUUUUCUGUUUAAAUAUGCAAGUGAAAUUAAAAACAUUUCUGAAGUAGAAGGGUUUUGAAUUCCUCAA